UAGAUAGGUUAAGAAACUAAUAUGGCGGCCUCCUAUCACCUUUAGUUUUAGUUUACGUUCUGUCCCUUUAUUCCGUGAUCGUGAAAUGAAAAUGCAAAAGACGAAGGAGAAGAAAAAAUUACGACAGCUUUCAUCAUCCUUCGCCGAUUACGAGGUUUCAAUUGAUGAAGAUGUAGGCAAGGACUUCGGCGUUCUCAUAAACGCGCCACUUUCAAAAAACGGACAUUUCGUCUUUAAAUCGGAAAAGGCUUGGUCCGUUAACUCGUCGCAGUACUCGGAAUUUUUUACCUUAAAUCUAAAAACGCUAUCUGCCGCGAUCAAUUGUAUUCCGUUCAAUGAGUAUAUUAACGUAGAUGAUAGAUAUUUCACAAGCGAUCAAUUGACAAAUAUCAAUAAUGAUGCUGAGAAGGGCAAGAUCACUUACGAUACAAUUUUUCACUCAAACAUAUCGAAUUUGUCAGAUGUUGUACAUUUGAAAAAUGAAAUAAAAGAAAGUACAAAGAUUAAUCAAUCAAAAAGUUUGGAAUCAACAGCAAAUAUGAAAUAUUCAACAGAAGAUAGUAUCGAUAAUCUAGAAGAAGAUAUAGAUUUUUUGUUAUCUUUAAAGGAACCAAUCCAGAGUAAUCCAACAAUUGCACCGCUUAUUUCCACAUCUUAUAAUAAUGACUCUAAAGAAAAACCAAAAAAUGCUCCAAUUAAACCAAUCGAUUUAGAGAAAUGGCUAGAUUCUGUUUUAGACGAUUAAUUUGUUUUAUGUUGAAUAUAUAAAAACUUUUUAAUUAUAUUAAGAAAGAGAGAAGACGAAUU